CGUCUCCACGAGAAGGCAAUUUUUAUUUUGAUUUUUUGAAGCAAGAAGGCAAUUUUUAUAUAUAAUUAUAGAGAUUUGCAAUCAAACAUUCGAUCAUUUUCUUUCUCUGUUCGAAUAAGGUAGCAAGAGAUCAGAGAGCGAUAUGAUGCUGAAUUCAAACCAAUUUCUAGUUUUUUUCUCCCUUUUCCUUUUCUUCAAUGGCUUCUGCACUCGGACUGCACAUGCAAAUCAAAAUGUGACAGACACAAAGAUUUACAUUGUGUAUCUUGGGGCAAAGCCUCACGAUAAUCACAAGCACAUCAAGGAAUCACAUAGAGAUUUGCUUGCCAUGGCUGUCGGGAGCAAGGAAGAAGCUAAAAAGUUGAUCAUCUAUAAUUACAAAUAUAGCUUUACGGGAUUUGCAGCGAAGUUAACCAAGUCUCAGGCCAACAAAGUGGCUGGAUUACCUGGCGUGGUUCAUGUGAUCCAGGACAAGCAGCACGCGGUUCAAACUUCUAGGAGCUGGGAUUUCCUAGGGCUAGGGCUAGGGCAAGGGCAAGGCCAACCAUCUGAGAAUUCUGCAACUGAUAAUCUGCUGCAUAAAGCCAAAAUGGGAGAAGGACUCAUCAUAGGAGUUAUAGAUUCAGGUAUUGAUGGGACACGACCAUCUUUCAGUGAUGAAGGGUAUGGUCCAGUCCCAGAGGCUUGGAAGGGGGUGUGCAAAUCCAUGGGUCUUUUCAUUGAAACAGAGCAUUGUAGCAGGAAAGUAAUUGGAGCGCGGUGGUUUGUGAAAGGAGCGAUGGAGGAAUUCAAAGUAGAUGUGAAGACACUAGAGAAAUUCGAUGAUAUUUCUGCACUGGACCUGGAUGGUCAUGGCACUCAAGUUGCAAGCAUUGCAGCAGGUUCGGUUGUGGAGAAUGUGAACUGCUCAGAUAUGUCUUUUGGUGUGAUAAGAGGGGGAGCUCCGCGUGCUAGGUUGUCCAUCUACAAGGGCUGUUGGAGGGUGGCUGGACCCUCUCUUUCUUGUACAAGUUCUGAUCUUCUGGCGGCCUUUGAUUAUGCUGUUCAUGAUAGGGUUGAUGUUAUAUCCAUCUCCAUUGGGUUGUCUGUGCCUUUGAAGUCAGAUGUGGAUUCCGAUAAUGCGAUUGCGGUUGGGUCUUUCCAUGCGGUGUGCCAUGGUAUCCCUGUGAUUGUUGCAGCUGGAAAUGACGGCCCUUCUGCAUUUACAGUCGCCAAUGUUGAGCCAUGGCUCAUAACUGUUGCUGCUUCAACCAUGGACAGAGCUUUCCUCUACCCAAUCGCUCUUGGAAACAAUGAGACCAUUUAUGUCAACUCGGAAACUUCACUAGGAACAUCUGUCUCUCCCUUUUAUUUUCUAGGGAAAUAUCAAGGUACUGCAGAGCUGUCAAGGAUACAAUUCAACGCAACAGAAGCAAGAGGUAGAAUUCUGUUCAUAUUCGGGACAGUUCAGGAUGAUGAUCUGAGCUUAGUAAGCAAAGCAUUCGCUGCAGGCGCGGUUGGAAUGAUUUACUCGAAUCCCACCAGUUCUAAUCUACCCUAUAAUUACUACCCUAUCCCAUGUAUUCAGGUUGAUUUUAACACAGGGACUAGAAUAAAGGAAUACAUAGUCCACAACAAGAAUCCUACUGCUAAGAUGGGAUUUCCAGACAUAUAUACAGGAAAGCCUCUAGCUCCCAAAGUUGUUGCCUUUUCAUCAAGAGGACCUAGUUCCUUAGACCCAACUAUCUUGAAGCCUGAUGUUGCAGCCCCGGGGGACAAAAUAUUAUGUGCUUCUCCCCUGACUGAUAAUGAAUCCAACAAGGGAUUCACGAUCGCCUCAGGAACAUCGCAAGCUGCUCCUCAUGUCAGCGGCAUUGUGACGCUUCUCAAAGCAUCGCAUCCCGAGUGGUCUCCAGCAGCUAUAAAAUCAGCACUGGUCACAACAGCGUGGAAUUCUGAAUCAUACACUUCUCCGAUCUUUGCUGCUGGAUCAUCAGACAAGCUGGCAGAUGCAUUCGAUUUCGGGGGAGGCAUUGCAAAUGCUGGCGCGGAUGAUCCUGGUCUGGUUUAUGACAUGAAAAAAAUAGACUACAUCAAAUAUGACUGUGCCCUUGGCUACAACAGCUCCGAAAUCUACAACAUCACGAAAGAAACCCCAAACUACGAUGUUAAGCAAGAACGACAGAUCUGUCCUAAGACAAAACCAUCCGCCCUGGACCUCAACUUGCCUUCCAUAGUAGUACCAGACCUGAAUAAACCAGUAACCAUACACAGAACCGUGACAAACGUGGGACCUCCCAAUUCUGUGUACAAUGCCAUGUUUAAUCCUCCAUUGGGCACCACCAUUACAGUGAAGCCGAAUGUGUUGAGCUUUGAUGCCAAUACACAUAAGCGCUCUUUCACACUCGAGAUUUCUGCAGUGGAAGAAAGAAACACUGGGUUCACAUUUGGGAGCUUGACAUGGACUGAUGGUGUCCAUUUUGUCAGAAGUCCAAUUGCAGUGAAGAUGCAGUAUAUGGCCUUGUACUUUUAGUGGGGAAGAUGAAGAUGAAGAUGAAGAUCGAUAAUGUAUUGUUAGGAUUCUUAGACACACAGACACAGAGAGAGAGAGUCAAGAUUCUACUUGCUCUCCAUCUUAGUUCUGAGUAUGGUAUACCAACCGCCCAACUAAUUUUGUAAAUCAUCUUACCCCUCUAAUAAUGCAGAUUCAACUUCUUUUGUUUUUUGGUUUCAUAUCUGGAGUACGUAUGGAAUAUGAUACUGGCACUGGUUGUCAUGCUUCUCACUUUUUUUUUUUAAUGAACCGUUGUGGGAAUACAAUUAUUGCUA